AUAUAUAUAUCGAUUGAUUUUGUCCCCAACACAAUCGAGGGGUUUUAGGCUUAAACCCAUAAUGGCUAUGAGGGCGGUGGCGGCACAGCGCGGCUUGAGGCGGCUCUUCUCUACUUCUCCUUUUCCUUCUUUCAACCCUCCUCCGUCCGCAACGGCGGCCUCCCAGCAACCCAAGGCCGAACCCAGCACCAAUCUUUUUGUCUCAGGACUUAGUAAGCGCACAACUACUGAGGGACUUAAGGAAGCCUUUUCUCAGUUUGGUGAAGUGGUUCAAGCUAGGGUAGUGACUGAUCGAGUGUCUGGAUAUUCCAAGGGAUUUGGUUUUGUUAGAUAUGCUACCUUGGAGGAAGCUGCAAAAGGAAUAGAGGGCAUGGAUGGCAAGUUUCUGGAUGGGUGGGUUAUAUUUGCAGAGUAUGCAAGGCCCAGACAACCACCAACACCUCCAUCUGAGAAUAUGUCUUCUCAAUAUGGCCAGAACAUGUCUUCCCCAUAUGGCCGACAGUGACUCAUACGUUUAAAAGCAAGCUGGCCAUCCUUAAUACUGUCCUAUAUCAGUUUAUUUAUAAGUUGUUCCCUGUUUUCUGUUGGGAGAAAUUUAUUGGUCUUCCAUCAACUGAAACCUUCUACUUUUUCUGUUCAUCAGUUUAAUAUGUGAACUAUGUGGUGAACCCAGAAAUAUAUUGAUUUGAACUGAUUCAUGUUGGCAUUUUUAUGUACAAGACAGUCUUGACUAUGUUGUGCUUUGUUAUAAUUUUAUCAAAUUGUAACUUUGUUCUCACUAAA